AACAAUAAUCCUUUCGAAAUAAUAAAAUUGCAAAGGAUUUAAAAUCAAAUAAUGUCAACGGUGCCGAAGAAACGCACAGCUGAUCCUGAAAAACUUACAUGGGGUACUAAAGCGUUGAUAUUUUUCUCCGUACAUUGGAGAGGUGUUGUCGUUGUACUGGCUCCGAUUAUCUGCUCAUUCAUACUUUUCACGUAUAGUCCUAUUCAGAAAGCUCAAUGGUGUGCGUACUGCCUGCUCAUAAUGGCAGUCUACUGGGUGACGGAGUGCAUCCCGCUGCCGGUGACGGCGUUCUUGCCCAUCAUCAUAUUCCCGCUGACGAACAUCAUGGACACCGCUACUGUGUGCAAGUUCUAUUUGAAUGAUACACUAUUUAUGUUCAUAGGCAGUAUGAUACUAGCUUAUUCAAUAGAACAGAGUGGCCUGCAUAUGCGGAUAGCCCUCGGAGCCAUUAGAUGUAUCGGGUACUCACAUUAUAAGCUGUUGCUCGCCAUAUGUCUAGUGACGAUGAUUAUAUCGAUGUGGAUCACCAAUACGGCGGCCACGGUGAUGGUGGUGCCUAUUGUGUUCGCGUUACUCAAAGUUUUCGAAGACCAAGGACUUAUGACAAUAUACGAGACGACAUCUCAUGGUGAAAGAGUAGCGAGCGAUUUAACAACGUGCUAUUUUUGUAGCGUCACCUUUUCAGCUACGAUAGGAGGAAUAGGAACUUUAGUAGGUACUGCAACUAAUCUGGCCUUCAAAGGGUUGUUUAUGGAAGCAUACAAGGAAGCGACUGUGGAGUACUUAUCUUUUAUUCACUUUUCUGCAUUUGCAGUACCAUACAUGAUUUUAAUGGAAAUUGCCUUAUAUUUUUAUAUGAUCCUCGUUUAUUUUGGAUUCCUAAGGCCGAAAAGUAAAGCCGCCCGCGGUGCAGUUCUGAAUGAUCAAGCGAUACAAGCCGCUAAAAACAAGGUAGAAAGUGACUGGAAGGCUCUUGGACGAAUAACUUUCUGGGAAAUAAUGGUUAUACUAUUAUUCUCGUUUGCUAUAGCGUUAUUUUUCUGUCGCUCGCCACAAAUCUUUCACGGUUGGGGCGAUGCCAUCCGUGAUUAUUUCGGCUAUACAAUCAAAGAAAAACCGGUGAAAGACUCCGCUGCGGCAUUCCUUGUUGGGUUUUUAAUGUGUUUACUACCGUAUUCUAUGCAAAUAAUUGACAACUUUACAGCAAAAUAUCAUGAGGAUUUACCGAAGAAGCCGAUCCGCGCUGUGUUGGACUGGAGAAUCGCAAGCGCCGUCAUGCCCUUCAGCUUCAUGUUCUUACUUGGUGGAGGCUUCGCUUUAUCCACCGCGGCCAGACCGGCUUACACAGACUUGAAUGGAGAAAUAGCGCAGAUGCUCAACAGUUUGCGGAAUCUGCCCAACUAUUUUAUAAUAUUUAUCCUCAUUGUAGUCACCACUUUCAUUACCAACUUCGCGUCUAAUGUGGCCGUCGCUAAUGUCAUCUGUCCUAUUGCUAUGCAACUGGCGAAAGAAAUAGGUCAGAAUCCCUUAUGGUACAAUAUAGCGUGUGGCUUCUCGGCUUCAUAUUGCUUCCUUUUGCCAGUCGGCACGCCGGGAAACCUGAUCGUACAAAGUGCAGCCAGCGUACCUGUGGGGAAAAUGAUAAUAGCUGGUGCUGGGCCUACAGUAUCAACAAUUUUGCUGACCUGGCUGGCCAUGUGUUUCUGGGCACCUGUUGUUUGGCCAGUUCUACUCACCGUGCCAGAUUGGGUCAAAGCUGUAUAAUAUUAAAAAGUGGAAAUAAUAAGUUUAUUGUAUCACUCAGAGGUAUCUUAUUUAGUUUUAUGUUUAGCAGUGUGUAGUUUCAUGGUUUGUUUAAGAAAGUGUAAAUUUUAAUUUUAUGGUUUACUAGUAGGACAUUAAGUAAUAAAAAGUUCCUCAAAAU